CAUAACAAGAAAAAUGUGUUGUUUGUCAUCUCACAUCCUGAUGAUGAGUCAAUGUUUUUUUCUCCAACGAUAAACUACUUAACUGCCAAUGCCUACAACAUUCACAUACUAUGCUUAUCCACAGGUAACGCAGAUGGUAUGGGAAGCAUUAGGAAAGAUGAGCUGCGUCAGGCUUGUGCAGUGCUCAGGGUUCCUCUUCAACAGUUAACGAUUGUCGACCAUCCAAAUUUACAGGAUGGUUUUGGGCAAGUAUGGAGCCAUGAUUUGUUAGAGGAAAUCAUCAGUGAAGAAGUCACUAGUCACGAUAUUCACACGAUCAUAACAUUCGACAACUAUGGUGUUUCUGGUCAUUGCAAUCACCGUGGAGUAGUAAAGUUCUUGCAGACUAAUUCAGAAAGAAAUAUCAAAGCUUGGGAACUUGUAAGCCUUAAUAUCAUCCGCAAAUACUGUGGACCUAUCGACAUUUGGCUGUCAAUUUUGUCAGCCAAAAGACAUGGGAGUAAGGUGAGCAUCAUAAACGAGCAGCCUUUGAAAAGCUAUGAAGCAAUGGCACAACAUUUAAGCCAAUGGGUGUGGUUUAGAAAGCUUUUCGUUUCGUUUUCAAGCUAUACAUACACGAAUACACUUCAAAGGAUCAGCCCUUGAGUCAGAUCUUGAAGAGGACACCGUGCUUGUGAAGUUGAUUGAAUGAUUACUUUCAUUUUUGAAAACAGAAGUUGUAUCUUUGUAAUGAAAUGAUACAAUUCAUCAACAAUGUACAUAUAUAUAUAUUUUUUAUUCAAUGUAAUGAAAUUCUUCCAAGGUAACAAAAAUAUUAUAGGAAAUACAAAAAGUUAAAACACGAAAUGUUCAUCUUCUCCUCCAGCAAACUCUACCUUAAUUCAACGUUUAGCUUUCUCUGCACCUCAUCACGCACCUUGCUCUG